AAAAGCAUCAGUUAUUGUUUCUGACGGACUCAGUGCAGCAGCAGCAGCAGCUUCCGCUGUGUGUUUACUUUUGAACUUGGAUCACUCCUGCAGAUAUGUCCACGCUAUUCCCGUCUCUGUUCCCACGCGUGACCGAGUCUCUUUGGUUUAAUCUGGACCGACCGUGUGUGGAUGAAGCAGAAUUACACCAGCAAGAACAACAGCACCAAACCUGGUUACAGAAUAUUGCAGAGAAAGACAACAAUCUGAUGCCCAUUGGACGGCCGAUCUUUGAGACCUUUGAUGAGGAAGAGGAAGAAGAUGACGAAGACGAGGAGGACAGUGAGGAAGAUUCAGAAGAUGAUGAAGACAUGCAGGACAUGGAUGAUAUGAACAUCUACAACGAGUUUCAGGAUGAUGGAGAAAUCAAUGAGGUAAAUGAGAGUAUCGCUCACUGACAGGUCGACAUGGAAGGAGGCGAUCAAGACCAGGACCAGUGGAUGAUCUAGACACUCAUCAAUCCAUCCAUCCAUCAUCUUCUGGAAACAUCUGCCUAGAGCUUCAGAUCUCUGCUCAACGUGUUUGUUGUUCAAGACCCCAGGAUGAAGUCAAGACAUGAAGCAUUGCUGGCUACUGAAAUCACUUUAAGUGUUUAUGGAGUCUCUUGUAUUAAGGGAGAUUCAGGACACAGACACUAUGCUGAAGUGUAAAGCAUUGUUUCCUCUAGUCAGUACCUCCCCUCAUCGCUGUGAACUUUGUCUUUUGUCAGGCAGGUAAACACUGAACUAUGAUUCUGAUGAUUCAUUAAGUUACAACAGGUUUAUCAUGUAUUUAUGAUAUUUGUGUCAAUGUUUCUUAUUGCUUGUUUGAAAAUCCAAAUUGUGACUGUAAAUAAACUUUUAUUGAUUUA